AACUUCGGUGCGAGGUUGACGUUUCCUUCUGCUUCUCUCUCGCGAGAGAGUUUAUAUACGCGGGUAUUUCUUGGAAUAAUCGACGCACGCGUUAUAAUAAUAAUAAUAAUAAUAAUAUCCAUCCGAAUUUUUAUCGAGCUGUAAUCGAACUUUCCGAGGCGACCAAAUUUCAAGCGACUCGUUAUCAAUCGACGUUUCGUUCUGGCUAUGAGACAACACACACCAGGUUGUUGAGUUUUUUUUUUAUUCCUACAACGACUUUAUAAAAAUAACGAUUCUGAUAAAUAUUAUUGGUGUAAAUGUACGUUACCCCGGAAUCGCGAUUUGAUAAUGUGUUAAAUCUCGGGCGCGAGAUCGGUAUUUGCGUGCCAAGUGUAUCAGAUACAAAUCUGUGUUGACUAGUACAUGACGACCUUGACAAUUUGUUUUGUGUACUUUGUGUUUCUCCGGAGCCGAGUAUUGGAUAUUUUCUAACACACACGAAGUAUUACACUCUCUCUCCGAAGGUGGUCGCGCAAGCAGUGUCGCAGUAGCUACGCAAACAUGGAGGAGGACAAUAAUAAUUUAUUUAUUAAAACGCGGCCGGGAAAAUCGUGAAAUGAACUCGCGAAAAGAAAAAAGAAAUUAAAUAAAAAUCAGGUGUCGGACGGAUCGAGAGCGAUGUUGUGCCUGAAGAAACGAAGGACGUACAGCUUCACGCAGGGUGCUUGCGUGGCAUUGCCGAGACGGCUUAAGAAGGAUAAUAAUCACUACGAAGGGUCCUUGAACAUGGCUAUUACGACAUUACCGCGCAACAACAAGAGCAGAGAAAAGAGACCGUCCAGAAUGGGUCUUACGGUGACCGAAGAUACUCCGGUGGACAUGUUGGCCGGAAGUAUGGAAAUUCUCGUUCAAAUGCCCCGUGAUCACCAUCUCCACACGCAGAGAGUUACAGUAUCAAGGAGCACGCCGAUGAUGGAUCUUUUGGUGCAAAUCGCGACGGCUCACAAAUUGCCAGCUUCGAGUUACACGCUGCAAGCGAUCGGCGAACGCGGCUUGAUCCUGCCUCAUCAUCCGAACACUCCUAUCGGGGCAUUGGACGUUCUACAGGUUAAAUUACUUCCUAAACAGGGCACGUGUGUGCCGCGAAAAACGAAACAGUCUAAUCAACCGUUUGAAACGACAUUUAGAUUGCAGGUGCAUAUGCCGAGAAAUCAGCUUUACGUGUCGAGGGUCAGUCCAAAGAUGAAUCUUGGGAAAAUUCUUGAUGAAGUGUGUCGCGAGAAGAAUCUCGAUAGAAAUAAGUACGAGCUGCGUCAUCCAGCUAACUUGGAGGAGACGUUGGACUUGUCGCUGUCGCUGCAAGACUAUCAUUUGCAAGAAGUGACUCUGUACGCGAAGCAAACCGGGAAUCUACGUCCGACGUUAAGCACGCAGGACAUAAUGGCGCUUCAGAGACAGGAGGAGCGGCACCGGCAGCAGACCAAGCAGAGCGUGUUCGGCUUCAUGUUCAAAAAGUCAAAGGAGAGCUCAUUGAGUACCGAUAGUCUCGCGGGUCGGAGCGCGUCGCCGGCUAGAAGCGACGAGACCGCGAGAAGCGCCAGUCCUCUUCAACCGCCGGCACGACCUCAGAGGAAAAAGAGACCGGCCCCGAAACCGCCGAUCGACGCUGUGCCCAGCGCUCAGGAUGCGUCUUCUGGAAAAGACAGUGGCAAGGACAAAACGGUGAUCAAUCACAGUCGCAACAGCAGCGAUAGUUCGGGAUAUCACGAGGCCUCCGUGCUCAGUGAUAAUCUAGCCGACUCGGCCGCGAGAUUGCCGGAAACAUUACCGAGGAGAAGCAAGGCGCCCGCGAUGUCUGACGCUACCAGAAAAUUGGCACAGACCUCGCAGUCCAGCAAGAGUCUGGGCAAUCUGACGGCGACCGGCGCGACACUGAGCCGAGGAAUCAGCAACACGUCGCUAAGUUCCACCGGUCUUCGAAAGAAGAGAGCGGCUCCUCCCCCGCCGGCGCCCAGACCGCUUUCGUCAGCAAUUUCCACUCAGGCUUUGGAACGCAUUGUCGAUUCCGAGGAGUCGCUAACGUCCGACAUGGAUCCUUCGAAACCGUCGUCGGACAUUGGCGCGCCGUCGAAAGCUAAUUCCGACAUCGACUGUCCUAAGGCUAAUUCCGAUAUCGGUGUCAGCACGCAAGCCAUAUGUCAAUUAGAUUGUAAACCAAAGCCGAGAGCUGCAACGCGUGAAUCCGACGGCAAUGUCGUCGGACAAAACAAUGUCGCGACCAAGACAAACACCGAGGCGAGGUGUUCGAGAUCAGACUCGGUCACCUCUGAUCUUCCUAAAACAGACGCGGAAGCAAUCCCGCCUGUAGAAGCCGCUCCGAGAGUAGAGCACGCUAGAGUAGCAGCGAAGAAAGUUGGAGAACUUGCACCCCUUCCCUUGCCUCGCAAAGUUAAUGUGGAUAAGGUUAACGCCUCAGAACCCCCGAAGGCUCCCAAGCGUAAAGUAGCUCCGUCUUUGAUACCGCCGAGAAUCUUGAACACGGAAAGCGAUAAAACGAACGAUUUAUCGUGUAACAACAACGACAAGAUUUCUGAACACCGCGGCGCUUCGAUUAUUGCCGCUAAUGCGGUAUCGAUGAACGAAGAUCUUGUCGCGCGUAUAAAAGAAAAUAAGAAAAACAAUCGCACGUCUUUCGGCGAAGACCAAACAACAAUGAGCCAAGAAAAAGAAGAAACAUCGAACAUCGUUGAAAAUAACAACACGACGCGCGAGGCGCGUUUGAGAUCGAUCGAUCAAAUUGGCGAAGUGGAGAGCGAUUUGGAAUUGUUACAGAAUUACAACGCGACUUCUCGAGACUCAACUCGCGCCGAUGCCGAAGAGAUAGAUUUUAAAUCGCGAGACGAGAUUUCGAAUAAAUUCACUCGAGAGAAGGAAAUAUCGGACGCUGUUGACGAUCGCAAGAAGAAUCACGAGGCGACGAAUUCAAAUUGCGAACGAGAUAUCGGAUCGUGCUCGAAUUCCGCGGAAUUAAAUGCGUCGUCAACGGAAGUACUUAACGUUACUCCCGAGAUAAAUUUCCAAAAUAUCGAUUCGCUCGACGAAUGUGAGAAUCAUUCGGAUGACGCGCUCAUUCCGUCGAGUAUAAACGACAGUUGUAAGGAAAGUGUAACCAAUGCGGAACGCGCGACCGAAUUGAAGAAAAACGAAGAACAAUCGAGUCCGGUUGAGCAUCGGCGUGCUUGUCAGAGACCACCCAGAGCGCCGAGAAGAACGGCUACCGGUCGCAAGAAGAUCGAAGAAAACGUCGAGACGAUCAAAUGCAUUCGUCCGAGAGACGCGACGAUAAAGACCGAUCACGAGACAAACAGAGAACCGUGCACGGUAAUUUCCACUAUACCGAAGUGCGAUUAUCUCGAUGCCGCGAAAGAAGACGAUGUUUCCAAUAAUAUCGCAAAACAACGCGACAUUGUGGAAAAUGUUGAGUUGCGCGCAAAAAAACAUCAAACCGAUCGGGACGAAGAUUCGAGUCGCGACGCGAAGAUCAAUCACGUGAAACGGACGAAAGUGGCGCGAAGCCAGUCCAAGUCGGACGACUUCGAGACGGACUCGUCGACGAGACAGAAGCGUUAUCUCACCUCGCCCUCGGAGAAGAUCGCGCACGCAUUGAAUCUGCGCGUGCCCGCGCGCGAUCCGAUAUCUUCGAACGCGACGGAAAAGGAACGGGAACAGGUUGCCGGGAGACAAUAUAAUUCCGCUAAUUGUAAAACGGCUUGUUCCACUACUGCGAGGGACGAGGAUGUAGAUAGGAAAGAGGCGGGCAGUGGAGUAAUUACAGCAACCGAUUCGAUUCAGAACAUCCCGUCCGAAACCGAAAUACUGCUGCAGAAGGUGUCGGACACGUUGUCGAAUGUUCUGCCAGUUCGCCCGGCGGCGCCGGAAACAUCCUCGCCUGUCGAGACGAGUAGUUACAAGAGCGCGUCUGUGCAAACGAGCGACGCCGUUAUUCCCGAGCGUUCCGCGAUCAAGACGGAACCCGUCGGAGUAAAGGACGAAUCGAGCGACACGUACAGAUCGUGCAUCGAGUUUUCAAUGGAGAACGCCACGUUGAACGCCAGCACGCCAAAUAUGACCGCGACUGACUCGCAACAAGACACCUCCGAUUACGUGUCGGCGAUGGGCGAGGAUCUGUCGAUCAGCGACUGGGAAUAUCAGCUUCCCGCGCCGCCGAGCGCUUUCCGCGAUUCGCAUUCGCCCGUCAUCUUCGACGAUUACGAUACGCAGAAGUCGGUGAAGGCUUUUGGCGAAGAAAAGCCGGUUGCGAGUCCGGCUUCGAAACCGGUCGACGCGACCGAUAGCAGCGAUAAGAACGUCAAAUCGACGACGAAAGUAACGAGAGCUGCUUUAAGCGAAAAGAUAAAUUCAACGAACGAAGCGGAAAUUGAACAGUCGGCGAACAAACAGUCUGUCGUUGGCAAGCAAACGUGCUGCGCGGUUUCUCACAAAUCGACAGUUAAGUCUGAUUUACGGAAGGACGUUAUUUCGGAAUUGGAAAACAAAAUAGAACACGGCGCGUUGGCGCAAACUGUUGUCGCGAAGGAUUUCGAUCGUAGAUGUAACUUCGCCGCGCCAAAAAUAGCACCCGUGGACAAUACUCUGUCCAACUUUACCAUUACCACUUACACCAAGGAGAAGAGUCUGGACAUUUUCGAGGAGGAGUCCAAUGCGAGAAACUCGGACGAGAGAUUUCUCAAAACGUUCGCCACAUUGUCGAGAAGCAACGACAGUCGCGAUAAGGAAAACGCGACGAGAACAACGGCUUAUCUAACUAACGGUAUAUCGUUCGACAAGAAGACUGCGAUCAAGUCGGACGAAGAAUUAUUCAAUAACUGCAAAACGGAACCAAAGACUCGUCAUCAGAACGCGGAGCACAGAUGGCAGUUGUAUAACGCGUCAAACGAGAAAACGAAUAUCCAACGAUCCAAAAGUUACAUAUCGAUGUCCAAUAACUCAAGAUAUCAAGCGGAAGUGCAAGAGAUCGAGAGAAAGCCGCGGAUUGAGAUUGACGAUAUGAAGAAAGCCACAAGCAUCACCGAUUUGAACGUCGACGCGUCGAGAAAUUCGCGCGAUGAGAAAUUCUCGCAAUAUAGAAACGACAUAUUGAGGCAGGAAGAACCUACCAAAGAAAAACAAUUGCAAUCGUUACAGGUGCUAAAGAGCAUUUUGCCGCAGUUGAAAAACGCUCAACAGUCGGAAGAAAAUACGUCCAAAGAAUACGGUAACGCGUUAUCAAACGAAAAAACAAGAUACGAGUCUAACGAACAUUCGAACAGAUCGAGUGUAUCCUCGACAUACGAAUCUCGCGAUGGGGAAUCGGAAUAUAAAGAAUUGCCGAGAAAGGAAAAUGCGAAACGUUAUACUUACACCGGUCCGCCUGCGAUCAGUUUGGGAAGCUGGUCGGAAAGACCCAGCGUCAACGUUCAGAUCAAAAUGGACACUGAUUACAAACUAGGAAGCAACAAUGCGAGGACGGUUGUUAAUAUUACCGAUUCGAAGAACAGAGAUGACGUUACGAAUUACGUCAGCGGGAAUAAGUCUUCGACGAAUAAAAAACUGGACGAGCCCGUGAAGAAUUUGGUUGCGCACACUACGUCAAAUUUUCAGAUACCGUUGUCGAAUCGCGUUGAUGCGUCGAAAAUCGAAGACAGACCGGUCGUGAUGGGAGUCGAGCUGAAGAAGACCUCGAUCGAGACAAAUUAUCCGAGGGAAACGUCGAGAACCAGUGAGAAUGAAAUCGACGCGACGUUAAAUUUCCAAGAACUAAAGAAAACGUUCGGUCAACAGGUUAAUUUGAGACAAAAACCUAAACGCGUCAAUAUUAACAGACAGUCAGCGGAUUAUCAUCAUGACGUGCAAUCAGAUGGAAUGGAAAAAAUUGCUGAUUCGAAGCAAAACGGUUACGCUAAAUUUGCGAGGUCGUACGAACAAAAUGACGUUUCGUUUAAGAGUCAAUCCCUGCCGCAUGGGAUUCAGCAGAAUUCACGGACAAAAAAAUUCAUAUCUGUCAAAGAUAUCAACGGAACAAGCCAGAAUAUCGGUUUCCACAAUGAAACGUCUUUUAGGUAUAAUGUCAACAACGGUGUGAAAAUUAAUCCACCGAUGCCCGUUGUCAAAGGAUUCAAGAUACCCACCGUUGAUUCCAAAACGAACAACAAUCAAGUAAAUUACAAUCACAACAGAACAUCGACAAUUGACAGUGCCAGCAGAAACGUACAGAUUCCCAAGCCUGUAACCGCACCAGUAAUAACGGGAGUCACAUUGAAGAGUGUCAAUGCGAGACCCAAUUCAAUGCCAGUCCAAUUAGAUUCUAGAGAUAUGCUGUUAGAGUCCAUCCGCAAUUUCGGCGGACGUGAAAAAUUAAAAAGUACCGCUGAACGUUACUAAUUGCGCACAGCUACGGUGAAAACAUAAAUUUGAAACUUAACAAAAGAGUUUUUGGAGCAAAAGUAACAUCAAGAUUUUCGAAUUUCCUUUUCUCAUUUUUUUUCUCAUUAAUAGAUUAAAAUUUAGAUUAUUUUUUUGUGUUAUUUUGUUUUUAAAUAAUGAAAGUUACGUACACUAUGUUUACAAAAAAAUGUAUGUGCAAAUAGUUUUGAGAAGAAAACACUUUGUGUUUGUCAGAAGUUAAAUCCUUAGAAUAAUUUUGAAGAAGAAACGCGCUUUUAUUUACAGAUAAAAUCUGCAUUAAGAAAGAUUUGUGAUGUUUUCGCUAUUUUUUAUUUCUGUAUAAAAACCACAAUUACAAAAUAUUAAUAGUCGACAUUGUAAAUCGCGUUCGAAAUUUGUGUUAUCUCAGCGUACAUGUACUAUUCUAUCCGCGGAUGUAUAAUCGUUUAAAAAAAACAACUCCAAUCGAAUAUCUGAUCGCUGGAUUAACACGUUGAUACGCCGCGUGUAUAUAAUGUACACAUAAUAUAAAUGUACACAGAAAAAUAAGUGCAACAAGUGAAACAUUGUUGCAAAAUGAUGGAAAAUGUACAUAGUAUUCGACAUUUGUUUCAUCGCAGAAAAAGACACAGGAAAUGUUAAUUUUAUUUACUUGAAUAUAGUCAUCAACUUGAUAUUGCUCAUUAUAAUAAUUAACGUGUGCGUGUAUGUGUUUGUGUUUAUGUGUGAAAGAGAGAGAGAAAAAUUGUGUGAAUGUGUGUUCCGAGAGAAAUUAAAUUAUAUUCUUUAAUUCGAGAUAGGACCGUCCGAUUCUAGCUUUGGUGCGGCGAUUGUGCGUUGAUGAUAACAAAAAAAAA